AAGUGUCACGGUCAAGAUCGUGUGUGGAUCGAGUGAGUUGCAUUAACACCCAUCUAGAGAGCAACUCAUUGUGGUAGAGAGGUCGAUGAUCAACAAUUUCUUUUUGUUUAUAUUUUAUAUUUAAAAACUCAAAAGACGCCAAGAAUUAUAGUUUUUUUUUAGUAUUUUGAUUUGUGAAGUUAGUUUUUAAGAAUUUUUUUAGAACAAUGAUUUAUCCAAUUUUCAAACAAGUUCAUUUACUUUUGGUUGUUUUUGUUUCAACGACGUUAGCGUUUGAUCAACCGUAUUUUGUACAACAUUGUUAUAAAGCAGAUCCACAUGUAAAUGAAUGCUUAAAAGAUAGUGGAAAUUUAUUAGCAGAAUACUUUCGGCGUGGUAUACCAGAAUUAGGUGUUACAGAAGCUGAACCAAUUUUGAUAGAUGAUAUUGGAAUAUCUUUGGGUAAUGGUCCAGAUGGAUAUCGUGCCAGUUUUCAUAACAUUGAAGCUUAUGGAGUUAGUAAUUUAACUGUAACAAAUGUGCGGAGUGAUUUAGACACAUAUCAAUAUCAAAUAAGCUUCUACAUUCCACGCAUCACAGCCAAAGCUAAAUACAAGUCAAGUGGUGUAUUAAUUUUAGUUAAAGCAUCAGGAUCUGGAGAUUAUUGGGGCGAAUAUGAGGGUGUAAAAGUGAAAAUUUACUUUAAAGCACAACCACAUAAGAUUCAAGGUGACACAUAUUUAAGUCUUGAACAAAUGAAACUAGAUUUUAGUGUAAAGAAUAUUAAAAUGGGUGUUGAAAAUGUUCAUGAUGGCAAUACCGUAUUACAAGCUGCAUUAAAUUUAUUUAUUAAUACAAACGCACAAGAUUUAUUAAAAGAAAUGAAACCAGAUUUAAAGAAGAAAUUAGUUGCAAUUAUGUCAAAUUUUAUACAAAAUCUAUUUGCAUACAUUCCAUAUGAAGCAUGGGUUUCGUAA